AUGGAGCAGCUAGCGGACUCAGCCAUCAAGCUAGUGAAUACGAACGAUGUCUUGCUGGGCACGUUGGAGGGUCUCGAGAACCUCAUCCUUGAAGGCUUCUAUCACAUAGAUGGCGGCAAUAUCCGACGAUCCUGGAUCACAAUGCGCCGUGCUAUCAUGACAGCACAGCUAUUGGGUUUGCAUCGACCAGGUCACUAUCGCUUCAAAAUCAUCAACCAGCAGAACGAUCUCGAUCCUGCAGUUAUGUGGGCCUGUGUAGUUUCCACGGAGCAAUUUCUAUGCUUGCUACUAGGUCUUCCCACAAGCACCAGCGGUGCGAAUUUCACAAUCCCUAGAGCAACGAGUGCUUGCGUUGAGAGCGGUAAUUUGCCUGUACUUAUUCCGGAUGUGGUACGCAAGAUUAUUGAAAGGAAUCAGAUGCACGCACCCCAGGAAGCACUUGACGUGACUCAAGAGAUUGAUCAAGAGCUCUUGAGGGUUACCGAGCAAUGGCCGCCUUCGUUUUGGCGGCCAUUGCAGCUUGCGGGUCUCGAAGUAAAUUCGGUUGAUGCAUUCUGCGAAACUCGCCGAGCUUGGGAUCAUAUAUUCUAUUACUCUUUAGUGAACCAGCUCCAUCUGCCAUAUAUGCUAAACCCAAGGCAUAUCUCGCAGAGGGUGUACUCAAGAAUCGCCUGCGCAAGCGCUAGUCGCGAGAUUCUAAUCCGGCAGAUUGCGAUCCGUACCUUCAACCCGAUCACGGCCGGCUGUCGGAUGGGCGAUUUUGUGGCUCUGAUCGCGGGAAUGACACUAAUGCUGGCCCACAUAUUGAGCCACUGUAACAAGGGUACAGAAAACCUGCUCGUACACCACCGUGUUGGGGACCGCGCGACGGUUAAUCGGGCACUUGAGUGCAUGGAAUCUAUGUUGGAGCUACAUGAGGAUGUUCUCACCGCGAAAUGUGCUGCCCUUCUGAAGAAUUUGUUAGAUAUUGAAGCGGGGCCUACAGAUAGACAUUCGGAUGACGGGCAAGAAGACAACCAAGACGUGUUGAUAGUCAAUGUGCCGUACGUCGGUGCCAUCAGAAUUGCGCGAAACGGUAUUUCUAUCACGCCGCUCGACACGGAGCAGGAGCAAGUUGCCUAUGAGGGUGUGACAAUUGGUGGCUUUGGAUCUAUCCAUGUCGGAACACCACGCGACUCGGACCAUUAUGCUGAUGUGGUCACAUCAGAUGCUGCAACCUCACAGGUAACCAAACAGGCUGUGAGGCCAUCAUCAGCACGGAAGCAUGGGGGGCACAAUGUCCAGGCUAUGUCGGAAGAUGCUUUCGCACUGCCAGAAGAGCCAUUUCCCGAUGCUUCUGCCAGCAUGGAAGGAUGGCUUUUCCAAGGCCUUGACACUGCCUUCUUUGAUGUGCUGAUGAGCGGAGCUGGGGGGCAGCCACCGAACGGUACUGACCCUGAAGGAUGGAAUUUUACAAUGUCCCCAUGA